GCCAGGGAAAGGGCGGAGCGAAGGCGAAGGGAUAGUAGCCAAUCAACUGGCGAAUUGUUAUUUAGGUUGACCAAUGAGUUUACGACUCGCGUACAAUGUCUCGCGACAAGGGCGUUUCACUAACACGUUUGGGGGCGUUGGGCGGCGUCUCGGUAUAAAACACUCCACCCGAGAGGGCGGCCGCCAUUCUGGGGUUCGUUUAGAGGUUUGAAUUUUCUCGGAGAAAGACAGGCCGGCCACGAGGAAAACAGAAACAAGCCGCAGCAACAUCUAAGCCCUUGAAAGGAUCCUGAGAGAGCGGGGGGAAAGGGAAAACAGCAGCCACCAGCCCAACCACUUGUGUCUUCUGCCCCUUCCCAACUAUCUUGCCCACCCCACCAGCCCACGCUGCUUGGGACUUGAAAUCUGUGGCCGAAGGACCGUCACCACAUAACUUCAAAAAUAAUCAACCACCCUCCCUUCCCAAACCACCCAAAUUCACUCAUCCAGCGUUUACUUUUUUUGAAUCCACUCAGAACUUUUUUCUGCGACCCCCCUCCCUAAAUGGAGUUGGGUGGGGGGGGAAAUGAAUACUGAGUUGGCCUUCAUUUUUUUUAAAAGACUUUUUGAUCCAAUGAGGCCCCCUAAAUAAUUGAGUUUUGGGUCCUGGUUGGUUGUUUUAUUUUUUUUCCUCCAAAAUUUUACCCCCUCCCCCCUGAGCCCGAGGUGCUGACGUCGCAAAAAAAUUGGAUAGUAAGUGUCGAAUUUUCAAAAACCAGCCUUGCAACAAGAAAUCAACGUUUCCCGUUGUGAAACCAAAAAUAAUGAGAGGAAGAAAUGAGACCAUAGAACAAAUAGAGAACUGGAGAAGGACCAAUCUGGUCACUUAAUCUCCGUUAAAAAGGGCCUGUGGGUCUAAACAGUCUUGUUCUCUCUCCCUUACCACCUAUCUCUUCCCUGCCCUGCUGCAGGCAAGGAGAGGGUGGAGGGAGGGCCAGAAAAUGAGGAUUUUGAUGGUUAACCCUUGGUAAUCCAGCCAAUUUCCAGACUGCCAAAGCCAUACGUGUUAUAUAAGGAGGAAUGGUUACCUUCCUCUGGUUAGCAGCAGUCUUCAAAAGGGUUAAUGAGCUCACAUACAAGAGAUGGUGGAUCUUGUGGCCCAGAAGUACCACUUCUUUGUGUGUGAGACAAGUAGGGUGCCUUUCAAUUUGCCAGAUUAAUAAGCAAUCUGUACAUAAAGAUUGCAGGGUAAGGAGAUGGGCAGAGAAAUAGCUCGCUGUAACUUUAAAUGACUGUUAAAUCCUCUCAAUUUUAAUGUAAUUUGCUUGGGGUAUAUUUGUGUGGUUUAAAAUAGGUGGCAAUCUAGGAAUAAAGAUUGCAAGACACUUAAUUUAGGACAAAAUAUAAAAAGUGCCAGUACAUAACAAGAUAAUAGUUGGGGAGGUAAAAAAUGUCUUGUAAUUGUUGCAGAUUGCAUAGGUAUUUAAAAGCAAAAAAAUGAUUAACAUUUUUACUUGAUAUUUUUUGGUGGGAGGUACAGUUAAAUAGAGGGUGGAAAGGUUGGGGAAUGUGGAAUUUAGGAGUAUAAUUUUAAAAGCCAUUUAGUGCAAUUGAAUGCUAGCUUUCUAAAAGAUUUGUGUCGUUAAAAGGAAUUUUUUUCUUCCCUGCUUCAAUAUGGCGACUUUCCUUGUCCUUUUGUCUUCCAAGCGGCGUUGCAGGUUGUGUCUUGACCCAUUUUUUUUCCUGUCCUCCCACCUCAACCCUAUUUGUUGAGAGGGGUCCAAGUCCUUCCUCCCCCUUUUCCCUCUAUAGGGAGGAUGGGGGUGGUCGAUGGUAGCUGGUUAAGCCUCCGUUGCAAAUUCAGUUCUUCCCUGCAGAAAACUGUUCUUUUUGAUAGUUAAUUGCUGUAAUUUUCACUACGCUCUUACUGCUCAAAGUAGGUCAAAGAUUAUUCGGGAUGGGGAACUGACUUGGUUUUUUACUAAAGGUGUUUUACAAUGUGACUGAAGCUACCGGCAGAACCGGGUGGCUUUUUAAAGUUUGAGUCCUCUUUCUCCAUUACAAAAUGGCGUCCCUCCGUCUUUGUUGUUUUUCUUCCCCUUCUGCCAUCCUGAGCUUAGGGCCGCCCUAGAAACUUGGUUAAGGGGGAGGAGCAGCUUUGAAAGGUGAUGUAAUCAGCUUGCUUCCUCCUGUCUCCACCCUCUUGAAGCUCCACCCCUGAGCAGAUGCCUUUGCACUCCCUGUGCUCGUUGCUGCUUAGGAAGAAGACAUUUUCCUUAUUUUCUUUAAAAUAUCUUAAAGGGAUAAGAGCUUAUAGGCGUUAAGUACGAAGGCUGUCCAUUUCCUUGGGUAAUUCUAGUUUUUAUAGAACCAGUUUUUAUUUUCACUUUUCUCUCAUCACAACAGCUUGUAAUUUUUCCCCACUUUAGCUGCCAGGGGUGAAAAAACAGGCAAACCUAAGACUGGGAACCUUUGAGGAUGUGUGUGAGUGUGUGUGUAUGUAUAUAUGUGUGUAGAGGGAGAUGGGAAAAACACAAGGGCUUGCGAGAGUAACUUGGAGAUAAAUUGGGGCUUAAUGACACUGAAAUGUGCCAUUUCUGCUCAGGAACCAGUCUGGGCCUCCUGCAUUUGAUCGCUUUAUGUAAUGGGACUGGGGGAAGGUGGGUACUUUAAGGACUUUCUCCUAAAUCACCCUCAUUCCCACCUCAGUUUGGGGAUAAACUCUGUAUUCAGUGCUGUAUCACGUUCUCCACUUGCUUAGUUCCUGUACAUUGGUACUAGGAUGAGAAGUGAAUCUUUAGGAAAGGAGGCGGCAGUUGUAAACUCAAGGCAGGGGGAAUCAAGCUACGGUUUCUGGUAAGCAAAACCUUUCUGGUAUUACAUUUCACAACUUUUCAUUUAUUUUUUUCCAAAGAGCCACCUUUUUUGAAUUUCUUUUUUCCUUCCCUUCUAAAAGAAAUUCCUUAAAAGCAUUAAUGAAAAAAUGUCCUCUUCAUUUUUCAACUCGUGCAGUGCUGUGGCAUUUGGUGCAUGUUCAGAAGCCAUGCCCUAUCUGAGGGUGGUAUUGAGUGUCUGGUUCCUUUCUUUUCUUCACCCAACUUUUUCAAAGUCAAAUCUUUAUCAGACUCUCCAUAUAAUUUUCAUUUUUAACAGUCCUGCACUGAAGCGUGGAGGUUCUAGGCAGAAAUGGAAAGUAUACUGCCCUGUGGUGACUUAUGUAGGAUUUAGGGCUAAUUUUCUACUGGAUACAGAUUCUCAAAUUACUACUUAAACUUCUGGAUUGGAUGGGAGGGACUCUUCCACACGCUAUUGACCACACUUUUUUUUUGUUUUAUUGUUUUUUUUUUUUCUUUUAAGCAGUUUGCCAUGUGCCUCUGCAGCAUAUCUUCCUUGGGAGCUGAACAUUCUACCCACUGGGGUUCCUGAUCUCUAGUGAGCCAGGGGAUUAAUAGAGGUCUUCCUUAACAUGGGAGAUGGGAAGCAAGGUCUAAUAAGGGAACCAAAUCCAUCAGAGAAUCUUGGAAAAGCUGAUCCCUGUAGUUUGUGGCCAGAGUUCUAGUCCGGGGUCUUUAUGAAUAGGGGUGGUAUAUCAUUUUGCCUCCUUAUUGAAAGGCAGAUAAGCUUUUGAGGAGCUCAUGUAUCAGGUUUACAAAAUUACUUUGAAAGGUAGGGGCUUACUACUUGGAAGAAAGCUACGACCUUGUGAUGAAUCACUUGAGAGAUGUAAUUCAGUCCACUAUUGAGUCAAACUAAAAAAUGCCUAAAACACUGAAGAAAAAGGAAGGGGAACAUAAGGGGUUAGGUACAAAUCAUUUUCAUUUCCAGGUAAAUUUGGGACUACUUCUUUUGUAAGAAAACAAUUACCAUUUUUUAAAGGGCUCUGGCUUGCACAGAAUUUUUGUCCUGAACCAGUUUAGUCCUGUUUCAUUGGUGAUGGAUGUGGAAUAACUUUAGGUAGGCUGGAUAUUUUUUCACCCUAUUUAAUUGAAUAACCCUCAAGUAAAAUCCAUUUUGAAGACAGGAGUCGGUGUCACAGAUGUUUAUCUGGUAAGAAUGGUAGAAAAUUCCCCAGUGCCUUGUGCUAGUAGAGCAUGGCUCUCCCCAAAACAUUCUCCAUAAGGAAAAGCAUAGCUUAGGAUGAGGUGGAGGUAGGCCGGGGGUUGCUGCCUCACCCCCCACUUUCUGUAUGUUCUGCAGUCAAGGAAAUAGCUCACUAAGAAGACAUAAUCAUGCCCUGGAUUAUUUAUGGUUUCAAAAAGCUUUCUCAAGCUUUCUAGACUCCAGAUCUUGAGUAGGUAAUAACUAUGACAGUCACGGCCCCUGCCUGCCUGUGUCCACUCAGUUUGCCUUCUCUGCUGUAGGCCUGUGCCUGGAAUGUUGGACUUUUCAUUCCUUUCCACUAGAGUGCCUUCGAACUUGUUUGGUUUUUUUCCAAAAUAUGCUGACCUCAAAGUAAGGAAACUAGGUUGUAAGGCGUUUGGGGUCCUUAAUUUUAAAUAAGAACUAAUCUGCCUGUAGGAAGGCCAUUGUGAGGAAACCCACUUAUAUUUUAUCAAGAUUGGUGCUCAUGAGACAUAAUUUCACUUAUAGUUCCAGAAAGUAUAUAAGUAAUGGAAAAUGAAUAUUUAACUAAUUUUGCUUUGUUAGCUUCCCUUUGACUAUUAGUGUGUUUUAUUCCUGUUUAUACAAAUGGGAAUAAAAAAGUCCCUAGAUCCCAUUCCCAGCAGAGGGCACUGGACAGAAUUUAGCUUUGUUCUUACUGGUCCAUCUUUCUAAGACUGACUCCUCUCAUCUCCCAUCCUCUUAAGGAACAUUUGAGCUCAGAUGACUUUUUUUUUUUUAAGUGUUUGAAGGAAAUAGGGGUAGCAGGUCAAUUGGCUUAGCCUGUAGUUGGAUAUACAAAAGGGAAUUCUCCAGGGUUAUAUAUAUUCAGCUCUGGGUUGAAUCAAGUCAAGGAGAACUGGCUUGAAAUGAUGUUUAAUUCAAGGCCUUUUGUCAAAUUGCAUAUAUUUUGCUUUGGGAAUCUAAUGGUAGAUACAUGUGUGUAUAUAGAGUUUUAAAAAUUUCUUAGUCUCUUGAUUGCUUAUGAUAUGUUAUUAUUGGAACCCAUUCAUUGCUUUUCCAGUUUCCAGCAGAUGUGAUAGUCUGUUUUAUAUGUCCCUUUAUCAUAUCUAUCUAUAGUUUCUAUAGAUCACUUUAUAGUAUCUCACUACAUGGGAAAAAUACCUUUAUUUCUGUGUGUGUAAGAAUUACCACACUUGAGUGGAUUUGGCCCACAGACGUCUAAUCUUUUCCAGUAUUCUCCUUGAAUGUUUUUUCUCUGACCUCAGGUUCCACUUGUACUUGUGGAGGUUCCAGGGCAGCAGCGACUUCUCAAUGUUUCUUGCCUCAUCUCCUCUCCCUCUGUUCAGCCCACAGGUUGUGAUCUCCAGAGCCAAGAUUGUACUCCUAUCCCGUCCCUUCCCGGCUGCUGCCUCUGCUUGCUUGCCCAGAUUGUUAGGACCUACACAUUUGGAGAUGUAUUGACCUUUUUGUUGGGAGGACUAAAAGCCUGAGAUUGCUAUGCUUAUGUUUUUUCUUUUGUUUGAGAACAAAUAGAACUGAUUUGCAUUAUCUUACAAGGAACCUGUUUUUUUUUUUUUAAACAGACAAAAAUACUCAUGUUUGUAAACUGAUUUUUCUUUCCUUCUGUUGGGAUUGUGUCUGUUAUCUCUGUGCUAGACGUAGGGUGAGGAAGGUUUUGUCCUUGCCUCUUUCUUGCUACCCAGUGUUGUCCUUAUUGCCCAAAGGCAGAUAUUGCUGAAAUGGUUUUCUUUUUUUGGUGGUUUUUGUUUUUGAGACAGGGUCUUACUCUGUCUCUCAGGCUGUAGUGCAGUGGCAUAAUCACAGCUCCCUAUAGCCUCGAUGUCCCUGGGCUCAAACAGUCCUCCCAUUUUCCACCUCAGCCUCCUGAGUAGCUGGAACUACAGGUGCACACCAUUACGCUUGGCUUAUAUUUUGUAGAGAGGAGGUUUUGCCAUGUUGCCCAGGCUGGUUUCAAACUCCUGUGCUCAAGCAAUCUGCCCACCUUGGCCUCCCAAAGUGCUUGGGCUAACAGGCAUGAACCACCGCACCUGGCUUCUUUUUUGGUUCUUAGAAGGAAGUGUUCAGAGGCAGUGUAGAUAAAAAUCCCAAUUAGAACCUUAUUGAUCCUGAAUUACCUUUCUGGAACUUCAGCUGUGGCCUAAAACUUGCUUCACACUUCUGUCCCUUCCAUAAAAGGAGCUUAGCUUUUAACAAAUUAUUUUCCACUCUGGUCUAAAACAGUUGCUUAAAAUUUAAGGGCAUUUUUCUAGCCUUUGGCUUUAUUUGUUCCAUUCUUUAGCUUCCCUGGUUUUCAAUUUUAGGCUUUCCUUGGGGAUCUUGGACAGUGUGAAUUUUGAGGAGAUCCAGAUUUGCAUCUUUGCUUUUGAAAGCACAAAUCACUAGCUUCAGUUUAACUUGGAGACAGUAAAAGCUUGUGCAGUGUUUGGUUAAUGAGUGACAUUCUAUUCAAGGGCUAGAGGACCUGCUUGAUUUCAUUGCAUCCAUUUGUCUCCCUUUCUGGGACCUACCCCCAGAUCUCCUUGGGGAGGGAUUCUGUUUUCAAGUUUUGUUUUGUUCUCUAUUAUCUGCCACUUCAGCUGAUACAUAUCUGGUUACUUGUGAAUAUGAUUCUUAAUGGGCCAAGAUAAAAAGGAAUCAACUCUUACAAGACAUUUAGCCCGAACACUGAAGAUUGGCCCAAUUUCUGUCAAGCCUACAGGCUGUUUUUCAAGCCAAAUUUAUCAGCAACCAGGGAAGACAGGACUUAAGAAUAGGUAAAAAUGCCCUGGAGAGUUGAACAUCUUGUUAUGAGAACUGAAUCUUAGCUCUAGUAUGAUCUAGUGCAGUUCAGCCAUCCUGGGAAGGAUGCUGCUGGGAGGGAGGGACAGUGAGCUGCCCUCAUCCUGUCAAAUCGCUUUCCUGUUCAUUCACGUAUGCUUCCCAUGCUUAACUUGCCAGGGCUAUUUUUUUGGUAGUGACAGUGGUCUGUGUUGCUUUUCUUGUAUCUAAAAAAUAGUGUAGUUGAAUAAUUAGUCACUACACUUUGUCAAAUAUAGAGAUGGGGUUUAUUAGUCAGGGUACACGAGUAGUCCUUGCCACCCAUUUAUUCUGUGCGUUUGCUUUGUCCUCUUAACAAUAGAAACCACCAUCAUGGGUUCGGGUCCCAUAGACCCCAAGGAACUUCUCAAGGGCCUGGAUAGCUUCCUUAACCGAGAUGGGGAAGUCAAAAGUGUGGAUGGCAUUUCCAAGAUAUUCAGUUUAAUGAAGGAAGCACGAAAGAUGGUGAGUCGAUGCACUUACUUGAACAUUCUACUGCAGACCCGUUCACCAGAAAUACUGGUCAAAUUUAUUGAUGUCGGUGGCUACAAACUUCUCAACAAUUGGCUAACAUAUUCAAAGACAACCAACAACAUUCCCCUCCUCCAGCAAAUUCUACUGACCCUGCAGCACCUGCCGCUCACUGUAGACCAUCUCAAGCAGAACAACACAGCUAAACUGGUGAAGCAACUGAGCAAGUCAAGUGAGGAUGAAGAGCUCCGGAAACUGGCCUCAGUCCUUGUCAGCGACUGGAUGGCUGUCAUCCGUUCUCAGAGCAGUACCCAGCCCGCUGAGAAAGAUAAGAAGAAACGUAAAGAUGAGGGAAAAAGUCGAACUACCCCUCCUGAGCGACCUUUGACUGAGGUGAAGGCUGAGACCCGGGCCGAGGAGGCCCCAGAGAAGAAGAGGGAGAAGCCCAAGUCUCUUCGAACCACAGCACCCAGUCAUGCCAAGUUCCGUUCCACUGGACUAGAGCUGGAGACACCAUCCUUGGUGCCUGUGAAGAAGAAUGCCAGCACAGUGGUGGUUUCUGACAAGUACAACCUUAAACCCAUCCCCCUCAAACGUCAGAGCAAUGCAGCUGCCCCAGGAGAUGCUGUCCCCACUGCAGAGAAGAAAUACAAGCCACUCAACACAACACCUAACGCCACCAAAGAGAUCAAAGUGAAAAUCAUCCCACCACAGCCUAUGGAGGGCCUCGGCUUUCUGGAUGCUCUCAAUUCAGCCCCUGUUCCAGGCAUCAAAAUUAAGAAGAAGAAAAAAGUGCUGUCACCUACAGCUGCCAAGCCAAGCCCCUUUGAAGGGAAAACGAGCACAGAACCAAGCACAGCCAAACCUUCUUCCCCAGAACCAGCACCACCUUCUGAGGCAAUGGACACAGACCGUCCAGGCACCCCAGUUCCCCCUGUUGAAGUCCCAGAGCUCAUGGAUACAGCCUCUUUGGAGCCAGGAGCUCUGGAUGCCAAGCCAGUGGAGAGUCCUGGAGAUCCUAACCAGCUGACCCGGAAAGGCAGGAAAAGGAAAACUGUGACGUGGCCUGAGGAGGGCAAACUGAGGGAAUACUUCUAUUUUGAAUUGGAUGAAACUGAACGAGUAAAUGUGAAUAAGAUCAAGGACUUUGGCGAGGCAGCUAAGCGAGAGAUACUGUCAGACCGACAUGCAUUUGAGACAGCCCGGCGUCUGAGCCAUGACAACAUGGAGGAGAAGGUGCCCUGGGUGUGCCCCCGGCCCCUGGUUCUACCAUCACCUCUUGUCACCCCUGGAAGCAAUAGUCAGGAGCGAUAUAUCCAGGCUGAGCGGGAGAAGGGAAUCCUUCAGGAGCUCUUCCUGAACAAGGAGAGUCCUCAUGAACCUGAUCCUGAGCCCUAUGAGCCCAUACCCCCUAAACUCAUCCCCCUAGAUGAGGAGUGUUCCAUGGAUGAGACUUCAUAUGUUGAGACCCUGGAACCUGGGGGGUCAGGUGGCUCACCUGAUGGGGCAGGAGGCUCCAAGUUGCCUCCAGUUCUGGCCAAUCUUAUGGGAAGCAUGGGUGCCGGAAAGGGCCCCCAAGGCCCUGGAGGAGGAGGCAUUAAUGUGCAGGAGAUCCUUACCUCCAUCAUGGGUAGCCCAAACAGUCAUCCUUCAGAGGAACUACUGAAACAACCAGACUAUUCAGACAAGAUCAAGCAGAUGCUGGUGCCACAUGGACUCUUAGGCCCUGGCCCAAUAGCCAAUGGUUUCCCACCAGGGGGUCCUGGGGGCCCCAAGGGCAUGCAGCACUUUCCCCCUGGACCUGGGGGACCUAUGCCAGGUCCCCAUGGAGGCCCUGGUGGGCCAGUGGGUCCACGUCUCCUGGGUCCUCCACCCCCUCCCCGGGGGGGUGAUCCCUUCUGGGAUGGCCCAGGUGACCCCAUGAGGGGUGGCCCAAUGCGGGGGGGUCCAGGACCAGGUCCUGGACCAUACCAUAGAGGCCGAGGUGGCCGAGGGGGAAACGAACCUCCUCCUCCUCCUCCUCCUCCUCCGUUCAGAGGCGCCAGAGGAGGUCGCUCUGGAGGAGGUCCCCCAAAUGGACGAGGGGGGCCUGGUGGGGGCAUGGUUGGAAGUGGUGGGCAUCGUCCCCAUGAAGGUCCUGGCGGUGGUAUGGGCAACAGCAGUGGACAUCGUCCCCACGAAGGCCCUGGCGGUGGCAUGGGCAGUGGGCAUCGCCCCCAUGAAGGCCCUGGUAGCAUGGGCGGGGGUGGAGGACAUCGUCCCCAUGAAGGCCCUGGCGGUGGCAUCAGUGGUGGCAGUGGCCAUCGUCCCCACGAAGGCCCUGGCGGAGGAAUGGGUGCCGGAGGUGGACAUCGCCCCCAUGAAGGCCCUGGACACGGGGGGCCCCAUGGCCACCGGCCUCAUGAUGUUCCUGGUCACCGAGGCCAUGAUCAUCGAGGGCCACCACCUCAUGAGCACCGUGGCCAUGAUGGCCCUGGCCAUGGGGGAGGGGGCCACCGAGGGCACGAUGGAGGCCACAGCCAUGGAGGAGACAUGUCAAACCGCCCUGUCUGUCGACAUUUCAUGAUGAAGGGCAACUGCCGCUAUGAAAACAACUGUGCCUUCUACCACCCGGGUGUCAAUGGGCCCCCCCUGCCCUAGGGACCAUUUGCCUGUCCUGUUCACACAACCCCUGUGGACUGCAGCCUCGCUCCUUCCACCCUGUUAUGGCUUCUGUGAGGCCCAUUUUCCCCUUUCCCCAGCUGAUGAGGAGCCAGCCCCCUCAGUUCCCACUUGCUUGGGUUCCUGGGGGUUUUCUGAUCACUGGUGCGCAUUGAUGUACAUAUUUUCCUCCAGUCUGGGGAGGAGAGAGACUGGUAACGUUCUGUACCCUGGACUGCUGAAGAGGAGACCCAGUUGGCUUCACUUUUUGAGAAGAUUCGCCCUGUACCCCAAACCCCUUUCCAGUAUUGCCCAUAAUGCCUGAGAACGUAAAGCUGGUUAUCCUGGAGAAAACCCCUACCCUUCUAUUGCGGGUCCCCACAUGCACACAGAACUCUGACACAGGAUCAGCUGCACUUAAGAAAUCCCAGCUAAGCUCAUUAUUACUCAUGGGGUGGGGAGAUGGUGAAGGGGUAUUGUAUAUCCCACUGCACUGAGGGGGCUCAAUCAGCUGGAUUUGAGUUCUGGAACACACAUCAUCCCCACUCCUCCCCCAGCAUGGGCUCCAUUCAGAGUCCUUUCUCAAGUGGGACCUUGAACUUAGUGUGAACAACCAUUCUGCGUCCUGGGUCUGCUGGGUUCGACGAUCGUGAACUCAUAUCUGCAUCCAGUGAAAGUAGCUGGCAGAGUUGAGGCCAGUGGUGCUGGUCUGCUCUUGCCAACUACAGCCAGUCUGUAGACUUGAUAAAGUACUUCAGUGAGACCAGCUUCUCAUUAACUUGUGCCCGGCGUGCUGGGCCUGAAAGUCACACUACAUGCACUGCCUUUGGGAGUUAGCGCACUCCCUGCCCCUACUUGGAACCUUGUCAGUGUGAAGGCGGCUUCCUGCUGCUUCACCCUGUCAACCGCCUCUGAAUCCCCACCAGGUGCCUUCCUGGGUGGAUUCAACAAGAUGAUUUUGCCCUUUCCCAGUCCUCUCAUUCACCUUGGCAUCAGUUGUUUUCUAUGAAAACAGUGGAUUGGUUGGGUCUUGUGCAGGGUCUUGGGUUAGAGCCACAAUGGAUUUGAGGAUGAGUAUUUUCUUUUUCUUUUGGUUUUGUAUAUUUUGUACAUUAAUAAUAAACAGUGGAAAGAGAAGCAGCUUAUUUAA